UUUUUCCGGUGAUGGCGGAUGUUGUUGAAAUAGAGUCUGUGAAGAAUUAUCAAAUCGCGUUUGAGAAGAUAGACCUAAACACCAGUCGAUAUCCAUACUGUAUUGUGUGGACACCGAUCCCUGUGCUAUCAUGGCUGUUUCCGUUCAUUGGACACAUGGGGAUCUGCACGUCAGAAGGCGUGAUCCGUGACUUUGCAGGACCUUACUUUGUUUCGGAAGACAACAUGGCAUUUGGAAGACCAACAAAGUACUGGAUGCUGGAUGUUAGUAAAGUAUACGCCAACGGCUCGAAUGCUUGGGACACAGCCGUUCAUGACGCCUCGGAGGAGUACAAACACAGAAUGCAUAACCUUUGUUGUGACAAUUGUCACUCGCAUGUUGCCAUGGCAUUGAACCUAAUGCACUAUGACAACAGCACCUCGUGGAACAUGGUGAACCUCUGUUUGCUUGCCCUCAUUAACGGCAAACAUGUCAGCUGUGUUGGCUUUCUAAAGACCUGGCUGCCGUUCUUUAUAUUAUGCGGCGUCAUCGUGUCCUUGGCUCUGUACAUGAACUUGCGGUGACCACACGGGGGAGUGAGUGAAAGAAGGGCAUCCUGAUGGAGAUCUUGGCCUGGACCAGAGUGUGGGACUUCAAUGAACGUCAGCUGGACUACAACAGGAGACAACAAAUUCGUCCAGACGCAGAUGAGGAGCUCCACAUCUGGAAGCGAAUUCUCAGCCUGUUUUUUCAUAGGAUGGAGAGAAGGAACCCAUUAUGGGUCCUGCGUCUCGUUGUAAUGUACCGUAAGAAAUUAUAUCCUGAAACGCUUGUCUUCCAAGGUGUGGAAUUAGUGGUGCUGAUUUAUAGUUUGGUUGCAAAUUGGAUUCUUGUUCUGUCCCACAAUCAUAACCUCAGUUUAGACAAUUUAAUACAACUAAUUUUAUACCUGAACAGAAACCGCAUAUCCUCUGAAGAUCUGUCCUGAUAACAUAAGUCUUUAUAUCCUGUUUAUUGUCUGUCUGGUUUAUUUCUGGUUCUCUUUAUUGUGCUGCAGAACAGCAUGCUUUCAAGGGCAUUAGUCAGCUACUGAAGUCAUUUUAUACGCUAUUAUAUGCAAACAUGAGAUUUAUUGUAUUUUUGAGGUACAUUUUAAUGUUAAAUAUCAGACAUUUAGAGUUGCUGCUUCAGAGCCUCAGGGUGCCUGGUUCGAUCCCGAGUAUGGGUUCGUGUGUGUGCAUGUUCUCACUGUGCCCACAUGGGUUUCCUCCAGGUUCCAGUAGGUGGACUGGCUCGGUUUGCCAUGCUUUGGACUGGCAUUCCAACCAGGGUGUAUUCCCACCUCAUGCCCAGCGUUCCCGGGAUAGGCUCCGGAUUUACUGUGACCCCGACCAGGAUAAAGUGCUUACUCAGCAUUCAAUUCAUUGAGUAAUGUUAAAGCUAUGGUUUUUGUUUUUGAAGAAAGAAUCCUUGUCAGUUUUUCUUCGCCAGUCACCUCUUAACCUUAAAACUCGAUCCAGAUUUCUGUUUUUGUGAAAUGUCCAUUGUUAAGUGCUAUGUAAAUAGUUGAAUUUUGGAUGAAUACAACAGAUUAGUCCCAUCAUAUUCACCAAGCAUUAGGAUGAACAUUACUGCUGCUCUGCCAGCCUCCUAUAACCACUUUCCCAACCGUGUGGCACAGACACAGGUCAGUUCCUUGACUCGCAAGUGACGUCAAAGCAAAAUAGAAACCCGGAUGUCGGCCAUGUUGGUGGAGAUACAAAUGCAGGGCCAAGCGACAUUCCAUACAAAACAUAGUCACGCGUGCGCGACUUUCUUUGUUUUUCCACUGCUUUAAGCGUUCUUUUAGCUCUGCCAUGCCAUAUCUUUGUGCUGUAUACGGUUGUGGUCACAACAGUACUCAUGACCGUGGCACGUUCUGAUCUUUUAGAAUUCCAGCCAUGAUUUGGAAAGAGAACGAGGAAACUCUGAGGCUUAGUACGGAGCGGAUCAGGACACUUCGUCCAAUGACCAUUUUGUCCAAAGUCUUUUUCAGGCGCACUAUCAAUUAUUUUAUAUUUCAGGUAUUCCGGUGUUUGCAAACGAAGCCCCCGUGAGAGCGCUGCUCUGCGCCUAAAGGUUUAAUAUGGUCCAGCCGGCUUUAAAAAUUAAUAACGCGGCCACGGGAGCUCGCAGCGAAGCCAGAUUUUACAGGCACCUCCUUCUAAGCCUCCUCCUUCAAAAGAGCACAGUCUCAGGUCGGUAGGACCGCACCUCAGCCCAGGAUUCGCGAACGAAGCCCUUGCGAGAGCGCUGCUCCACACCUGAAGAUUUAAUAUGAUCCAGCCAGAAACAUAGACAUGCAAGCGAGCAGCCUGCAAUGAGAAGGGAGUUAAACUCAUCCCAGGGUCAGCAAGUGGCACGGGCCGACAUGGUGUACCCUUAGUGUCGAAGCGCACGUACUAUGGAACUCAUUUGCUUUACAAAAAUGUGUUUUGCUUCAGUGAAAUUCCAUUGAGAAUUCCUCCUUUUUUUGAACAAACAAAUACGUGAAAUAUAAAAUAAUUGAUAGUGCGUAUGAAAAAGGUCUCGUCUCGUCUCGUCUUCUUCCGCUUUAUCCGGGACCGGGUCGCGGAGGCAGCAGUCUGAGCAUGGAAGCCCAAACUUCCCUUUCCCCAGACACCUCGGCCAGCUCCUCGGGAAGAACACCGAGGCGUUCCCAGGCCAGCCGAGAGACAUAGUCCCUCCAGCGUGUCCUGGGUCUUCCCCGGGGCCUCCUCCCGAGGGAGGCGUCCAGGAGGCAUCCGAAAGAGAUGCCCGAGCCACCUCAGCUGAUUCCUCUCGAUGUGGAGCAGCAGCAGCUCUACUCCGAGCUCCUCCCGAGUGACUGUGCUUCUCACCCUAUCUCUAAGGGAGCGCCCAGCCACCCUGCGAAGGAAACUCAUUUCGGCCGCUUGUAUCCGCGAUCUUGUCCUUUCGGUCAUUACCCAAAGCUCAUGACCAUAGGUGAGAGUUGGAACAUAGCCUAACCCUAACCCUAACCCAUUUCGUCCAGUAGUUAAGACAUUUCGUCCAACACCUAUGAAAAAGGUGUUGGACGAAAUGUCUUAACUACUGGACGAAAUGGUCAUUGGAUGAAAUGACCUGUGUUUGUACUCGAUGGUCAGCAGAAGCGUCUUAUCUUCAGAAAAGUCUGACUUUUUUAAAUAAUAUGGGUCAAAGCCACACAUAUCUAUCUUCUCUUUGUAUCAAAUCGUGGUAAUACCGAGAAAAUUCAGCGCUGUUUACAGACACGCUUUCAGCGGCUGCCGUCCGAGUUGCUUUGUAGAUCCACCAUCACGGCGGACGCUCAUGACGUAGCACAUUUUGAUCACGUGGUUGCAAGUCAUCAAUCGGCAUGGGAGGCUGUUAGAGCAUAAUCUCUCUCUCUCGCACUCUUUCAUAGUAAUUUUGACCAAUAAACAAAUGUAGUCAACCACCAAAAUUCCCCAUGUUGAGCUGCAGAAGUGAAUUUACAUUAAAUGUUCUCUAAUAUACACUAAUGUGGCCAUAACUGCAGUCUGUAGAACACAUGAACACAAGAAGAGGCCUGAUGUUCCUGCUGUAAGAUCUUCAGCCGUGUUGAUGGCUGUGUGUGUCAGGUGCUGUAAGGCCAACGGUAGCGUAUUCGGCCUCAUCACGCCACACGGAUCAACAAAUUGAAACGGGUUUGUUUUUAAAACAGGUUUCCUUUCCCUCAACGAGGCUGAGUCAAGUUCAGUAGAGCUUCGUGUCCAGGAUUGUGCCCAAGGUGGAACUGAGAUCCAUCAGAUCGCACGCCACGCAGUUGACUUCAACAUUUAUAGCAAAAGCACAACUCUGUCUUAUGCAAAAGAGAAACGUAAAAUGUUUAAUCGCAAACUUGUUUUAAUAAAAUUGCACACAAGUGA